CCUGCGAACCCCACGAAGAGGCGGGGCGACCGUUGCCAGAGAAGCCCCUAGACGCGUAGGAGCUCUGCUUUUGUCCCACGAGCACCUCGACGGGCGCUCUCCCACGGAAGCGACUGUCGGAAUUCGGCUGCUUUUCGCCUUGCAUCCCCUGCCUUCCUUGCUAGUCUUCCUUCCGCGGCACUGCCCGCUGCGACCCAGUCCCGCUUAGCUGGCCCACGGUUGCAGAGCACAGCUUUCAGCUUAUUUGGAAAAGUUGUGAAAGUCAUCUUAUAAAUCCACUUACCGAAUUUAUGGAGAAACCUACAAGUGAUAGGAGCUACUCAGACGAACUCCUUUUCCAUCUGAAAAGUAGAUCAGAGGAAGAUUUACCACAGCAUACCAGUGGAAGUCAUCUCAGCCUGAAGCAGGACAUCCCACACAAGAAGCCUGAACUGGAAACAAUGCUUAAAGAAGCUGAGUUGGCAACCUGCUCUGUAGAAUUACUUUUGCCGUUAUUUAAGGAUACCAUUGAAGAGAUUAGUUUUGAAAAUGCUGAUUUUUCUGCAUCCAAUUUGAAGAUAAUUUCUAAACAGAAGGAAAUAUUAACAAAAGAAUUAGACACAUUUAAACGUGUAAAACUGGCUUUAGAACAUCUUCUUAGAAAGACAGACUACAAACAAACAGGGGACAAUCUACCCAGCAUGUUAUUAGAGAACCUAACUGGUAAUGAAAGUGAAAAUACUAAUCUUAAGAAGAAGUUACUUGAAAAGGAGGCCUAUAUCCAAGAACUUUCAUGUUUGUGUCAGAAUGAAAAGGCAAAUGCUUUGAAAGCAAACCGUUUCUCUCAAUCAGUAAAAGUAGUACAUGAACGACUACAGCUACAAAUUCAUAAAAAGGAAGGAGAGAACGAUAAGUUAAAAGAAUACAUAAAGAGUUUAGAAACCAAGAUAGCCCAAUGGAACUUGCAGCUGAGAACAAAUAAACAUGAAGCUGUAACCAUGAAAGAAGCAAGUAGGCAAAAAGCUAUAGCUCUAAAAAAGGCAUCUAAAAUUUACAAACAAAGGCUUGAACAUUUUACAGGAGAUAUUGAAAACCUUACCUCCCAAAUUAGAGAUCAGGAAGCCAAGUUGUCUGAAACAGUUUCAGCUUCUAAUGCGUGGAAAAGUCAUUAUGAGAAAAUUGUGAUAGAAAAAGCUGAAUUGGAAGUUCAGAUAGAAACAAUGAAAAAGCAAAUCAGUAAUCUUUUAGAAGACCUGAAGAAAAUGGAAGCUCAUGGAAAAAAGUCAUGUGAAGAAAUUCUUAGAAAACUUCACUCAAUUGAAUAUGAAAGUGAAACUGUGAAUCUUGAGAAUACAAAAUUAAAGAAUACACUUGCUGUUUUGACAGACGAGGUUGUUUCUGUUGAAAAUGAACUCUUAGAGUUGCAAGAAGUGGAAAAACAACAGAAAAACUUGAUUGAAGUGUAUAAAUCUCAGGUAGAAAAGCUACAAGAAGCAGCUGAAAUGGUAAAAAGCAGAUGUGAAAAUUUGCUACAUGAAAAUAACCUAAUAACAAAAAACAAAAAUAGAAAAUUAGAGAAGAUGAGAGGCCAGAUGGAGUCUCAUCUGAAGGAGUUAGAGCAUGUCCGUGGUUCCUUGACGGCGGCCGAACGGAGGCUUCAGGAGUGUCAGGAGAAUCUACAGCGCUGCAAGGGGACAUGUGCAGACCAGGCACACACCGUUAGGGAGCUUCAGGGCCAGGUGUCCACGGCGGCCCCGAGCUUUCCAGAUGUGCUCAAGGAAUACUUUGGAAUGAUUUCACCAGUUGAGGGCACUCAUAUUGAUGGAAAUCACAAUCUUCUGACAGAGUUUUCUCUGGAAGAAGAAAAUUAUCUUGUUCAGUUGAAGUGUGAAAGCCUUAAGCAAAAAUUAGAACAGAUGGAUGCAGAAAAUAAAGAACUUGCAAAGAAGUUGGCAAAUCAAGAGGAAUGUCUUAAGCAGAGCAAUCUUAAAUUUAAAGAGAGAUCUGAAGAGUACACAGCAUUGGCCAGGCAGCUGGAAGCUGCUUUAGAAGAAGGAAGACAAAAGGUUUCUGAAGAGAUAGAGAAAAUGUCAUCUAGAGACAGGGCUUUCCAGAUUAAAAUAUUGCAUCUGGAAACUGAGCUUAAAAAGAAAAAUGAAGAACAAAGUCAACUUGUUUCCAAAAUGAACAGUAAAGCACACCAUCAGGAAGUAUGUCUGAAGGAAAUACAACAGAACCUUGAGAAGUCAGAGAAUCAAACUGAGAGUAUUAAAAAUUAUUUACAGUUUCUUAAAGCUUCUUACGUAACAAUGUUUGGAUAAAUUGUUGAAUGUUUCUUCUGUAAGCAUUAGGUUUUAACUGAGUCUAAAAUGUGAUUAGAUAAACAAUAAAUAAAUACACCACUGGUUAUUAUA